CUCACUGCUGUUGUGUUUCGUGUAGAUUUUUAAUCCCUUUUUUAUCUAUAUAUUACUUAUUUUUUUAAAAAAAAAAAGAUAAAAUAUUAACUAUACAAUGAAUAUCUUCAUGUACCUCGCGUGCCACAUGAUGCACAAGGACGUUACUUUUGGUGUAAAAAAAAGAGUGGUGUCAGUAAUCAAAAGGACUGAAAUCAAAGUUCAGCUCAAACACUCAUUGUAUCAAGACGUUGAGACAGAAGAUUCUUUACUAUAUAAAUUUUUUCCGGUUCAAACUCAAGCCCUUAAAUUUAGCGUACAAGCUGCUCAUGAUGCACACAUAGCGUUAGCACCAGGGCCUGCUGAAGCAAAUCCUAUUUAUGAGGUGUUUAUAGGAGGAUGGGAAAACACAAAAAUAGCCAUACGUAGAAAUAGAGAAAAAACAGAAGUAGCAGAACUCCCAUUUCCAAAAAUAUUAAAUAGACAUGAAGAAAGAACUUUUUGGAUAACAUUCUAUAAUAAAGUUAUAGCUUUGGGAAUGAAUGAUGAAAAAACUCCACUAUUAGAAUGGCCAGAUCCUGACCUGUUCAAUAUAACACAUUUUGGAAUACGCACAACUUGGGGUGCAAAAGGAACAUGGAACAUUGAUGAUACUUGGAGUGGCUGGGAACCACCACAAAAACCAGCAAUUGGUUUGGCAUUAGGUCCUCAAUCAGCCGGAAUUGGAGUAUGGGUACCAGCUGCUCACGGUACAAUACCACCAAAUGCUGUUCAAGGGGGAUUUGAAUAUGAACAACAAUAUGUAGGAAGAGCAAUGUUAAAUGGUGGGCUUAUUCCUGGAAAAGUUAUAUCUUCACACAGAGUUUGUUAUGUUCCUUUGGCAGGAUCAGAACAUCGUCUUACUGAUUAUGAGAUUCUCUGUGACUGUGGUGGAACAUGGGUCAAAACAACAAAUGGAAAUAUUCCUCCCACUGCUAUUCCAGGAGGGAAAACCGAAGAUGGAGAAACUCUGUACAUAGGGCGAGCAGAACAUAUAGGAAUUUUAACAGGAGGAAGAGUCCAGAGAAGUCAAGGGUUAUGCUACGUUUCACAUUCAGGAAAAGAGUUUGGCAAGACUGAUUAUGAAAUCUUGGUGGAACCACAAUGAAUUAAAGAUGGAACCAAUUGUGAAGCUUAACUUUAAUCUUUAUUUUAUAUUACUUAAUGUAUUUGGUCAAGUUUUUAAUUGAAAAAAUAAUUUGCAAAAUUGCAACAACAGCAUGGCUCAAUGAAUUGUCCAAACUAUAAGUAAUAUGAUAUGAUACUGUAUACUUUUUAAAAAUAAUGUACUGAAUUAUAAAAACUUUAAUGUAAUGUAAUUAUCAUUGAUAACACUAUUUUAUUAUGUAGAACAAAUAAUAAUAGAAAUGAUUAUUUAAAUUAAAGAUGCAUAAUUGUUAAUAAGAAUGUAAAUUUAAUUUUAAAGAAUAAACCACAAUUUAUCUCAGUAAACAAUCCAUACCAUUUAUUGAAUUUGGUUUUAAGUUUGAAAGACUUCAUGCCAAAAGUGAAAAUUAGCCUUGUCAUUAAAAUAAGAUUUUCAAAAAUAUUCAUUUCAAUAAAAAAAACAUUACUGUUUUAUUUAAAUAAAAUAAUGUAUUAUAACCUUUAGUAAUACAAUUUACAAGUUCAUACAGUCCCCAAAUUGUUUCACAAUAAUUAUGUUACAAAUAAUAUAAACUACCGCCAUUUUUUUUUUUUUUUGUUCAUCCCUCUAUCAAAAUGGAAAGUCUGAUGAAGAGUAUGUUUCACAUAACUCGGUCAAUUGCUUUUGUCUUUCAUCAUUACGGACCCAAUCUAUUUCACCUUCACUCCCACUAAAUCUCUUUCCAAUUUAAUUUAAAUAACCGUAACCAUCCGAGUCCCAUAAUCUUAAUGCUCACCAACAACAAAUAGAUUCACCUUCAUAGUCUGGCCAUUUAUCGAUACCUCUAACUUACAUACCUUAAACACUUAAAUUAGGGUGUUCGUGAAUGAUCUAUGAUCUGAGCUUCAGAUUAGUUCGGUACAAUUAUAUGUCUGGAAAUAACUUAAAUAAUCACCUUUCAUUCAUCACCGAUAUAGAUGCAGCCUUAUCUAUUUGAAAUACCUCCAUAAUGUUUCCAAUUCGAGGUUUAACUGAGAUUCUUUUUCUUAUAUUUUGCUGAAUUUGACAAAGAAAUCUUUCAUUCAAUUUUUGUUUGUUUGUUUAUUGAUUGUUUCAUAAUUUAUUUACCGUGAAUUAUCAUUUUGUGUAAUCAUCAUCAGAUUCACUAUUGGUAAUGCAUUUAAAGGAUUCUGUACAAGCAAAAGCAAUGUGACUCUUUUUUUUUUUUUUUUUUUUUUUUUUUUUUUUUUUUUUUUUUUUUUUUUUUUUAAGCAUAUCCUCCUUAAAGCGACAUGGCUCUAGCGUGUGCUCCUCCUGAAGACAAUGAUAACAAGUCUUGCCCUUGUGAAAGCGAUUAUCUUUAUUAUUAUAUCGCGAUUUUUUUUACCCAUAUUGUUGUUGAUGUACUAUUAUCCCAAUUUUAAAUCUAUACUAUGGAAAUGAAGAAGCCAACCAACUGGCAAAGGAAAGAGCUGCAUCCCCUCAAACUCUUCAGGAGGCUAUUUCUAUAAAUAGGGCUACUAAGCUACUAUAUGACAAAGGUGGAAUGAUGCCCAUCCACAUUAAAAUUCUGAAGAAAAUUAUAGGUUAAACAAGUUACACUCUUUUUAGGCUCAGAACAGGAUACAACAUGAGAGCACACCUCUAAGAAAAAUUUAAAGGUGAAGAAAACCGUCUCUGUAGCUGUAGAAUAGGCUACCGGAAUACAGAGCUUAUCCUUCAGACAGGAUGAGGUGACAUCAGAAAGCUAAUUUGGAAAAAAGCAACUGACUUGGCAAUGAAGCUCUACGGUGGUCUGGAGGAUCUCAGAAAGAUCAUCGAGUUUAUACUCUCAAUCUCGGUCCUCACCAUUUGAGGGAAGUUUGAAGAAGAAUCUAUACUCACGGCAGCUAACGGAUUUCUUUCGUGAAGUGAUGCUAUUUUUACUGCUUUAGGGAAAUUUAAAAUCUUCAAUUUUCAGCAAUCCUAAUCGCAAGUUAUUCUCUAACACCAAUCUAAAACUGUGUACACAGUGCUUCAUCUAGCUAUUGACUUGGAAAUUUACAAAAUUUAGUUAAACUCCAUAAUACUUAAAGAAUAAUCUAUUGAUUCUUCAUUACUUAAUUGAGUUCUGUCAUGAAAUUUUAACCUUUAUGUAAACCUAUUGGAUUCAAGGAUCACAAAAACCAGAUAAUAUUUCUAUUAUUUUCUCAAAAAAAUUCUAUUCUGGUAAGUAAGGUGAACAUAUAUCACUUACCUUCUUAUAAGUUUCCUUGCCGAUCACAUGAAGGAAAUCGAGAACCUGGUUGUCCUUGGCAUCCCGUAGAUGUUGAUGCCAUUAAGUAGUAGUCGAUGCUGUUCAGUAGUAAUUGAUGGCAAUAACAUUCCCAAGUCGUUUUUUCAGGUCGGAACUCACCAAAAUGAAUGAAAGUUUCUCCGACUUGUCUUCGCUUUUGAAUUCAGCUUCUAUAUUGUUAACCUUAUCUUAAUUUUCCCCUUAUGGUGGCAUUCUUUACAAUCUUCGACACCAAUUAUUAAGUUAACAGAAAAGGCUUUUAGAUAAUCAAUAUUUAUUUAACAACUUAACAAUAACUGACCAAAACAAAAAUGAAAAAUACAACAUGAUUACCAUUGUAAUAAGAACUGUUAUAAAGCCAACACUAAGGCCCCUUUCACACUGAAGAUACAUGCUUCUUAAACACAGGACUGUGUAAUGAUGAAUAUAACGUCAAAAUAGAAAAUUUCCAUGAAAAACACAGAAAAUUCUAGUUUCUUUUAAACAACCUAGGAAUUUUUAAAUCUGACAAUAAAUUAACUUCGAAAACGAUCAAGACUUUUUGAAGCACAAAAUUUUAGAUGCCUAUUUAUAAUUAAUGUCUAUAUUACUACAUAUAAUCGUUAUUUUCAUAUUUUUUUAAAAUUAAAAAAACACAAAAUAUAAUUAUGUAUUUAUAUGUAAUAACUAUAAAAAUGUACCGUACAUCAAUUAUAAAUUUCAUUUUACAAUAGUUCUUAUGGAAGAGUAAACAUUAAUUUUAUUUUCAUUACAAUAAAAUUUUAAACACCAUUGAUACUAAUUCCUCCUCACAUUCUCCGAUGAAAAAAAUACAUAUUUUUUUUGUUAAUUUUAAAGACUAUAUUAAGAAUAACUGAUACAGAUCAAGUCAUAGAGGUUCAAUUAAAUACUCUCCGAUUCUAUUUACUCUUAUGAAAUUAUAAUGAUAUUUAAAAAGAAUAAGGGUUAGAGAUUGAAAAUAUUAUAUUUUAUUACUAACAGACAGUAAUAUUAGUGAAAUAAUUAAAUAAAAAUUGUUUUUUCUUUUCGAGGCCCUCUUAAAUUAUAGUAUCCAUUGACCCCCACCUUUUAUUUAAUUUUAAACUUAUGUUCAUUUAACGGUGUUGUGUUCGUUAAUUUAUUUAUAUUAGAGUGAAAAUAAAUUAUGGUUCUACACAUUUAAAAGAAUAAUAUAAAUGUUUAUUUCUUAUACAGGUAGACAAAAUUAAAAUUAAAAACAAUGGAAAUGAAGAUUUAAUAUUUAUAAUAAUAACAAUAAAAGGCUUAGCGAACCCGAAGGUCCGAUGCGGACACCACCAAUCACCAAUCGCUCAUUACACACAACCCUCCACUGUUCGCCGUCCAAGCAUAGUCCCGUCAGAUCGGCUAUUUAAUAUUUAAUGCAAAUAUUUUACUUUAUUUUGGUUUGAGAUAUUUUUCGAAACACGUAACUAAAAAACCUUAUUUUCUUUAUGUUCAAUACAAUCGUUAAAACUAAAUUUGAGAGUAUGUCCAGUUAUAGGAAAUAUUAGUACACACCUAGACUUUUUUCUGACAUUCACACAUAUAAAAAUAAUUUUAAAUAUUUUUAACUACAUUUAGGCGGUUGAAAUUAAUAAGAAUUUCUCUUUAACAAUGAGUAAAAAGUAAAAAGAUAGCAAUUUUUUGGAGGUUUUUUCAAAUCACAGUGUUUGUAAAAAUUUGAUUUUAACACUUUUUUGUUAACAAAAAUAAGAUUCAAAGUAUCAGAAGAUGCAAAUAAGAGGCACGUGCAUUUUUGGUGUGAAAGGCGCCUAAGGAAUAAAACUAAUGGUUUUAUUAAAUUACAAGUAGUCAUGCAACGAAGAAGAGGUAGAAAUAAGUGACUAACAUGAAUAAAAAACUAAAGGAGAGUAUAAAAAAAAUAUAUAUUAACUUAGAUUCUUAUUAAAACUUUUAUUUAUAUACAUUUUAUUACAAAAUAAAUAUAUUAAAAUUAAUUUCUUCAUUCAAAAUCUGAAUAAAAUUAAAACUUAUUUAACUGUGAAUUUAUAAUUCACGAAAAUUUUCCUAUUUCUUGAAAUAGUUUGCAUAAUAAAUUAAUUAUCAUAGUACUCUCAUUUCUGUAAUAGAAAUUAUUUCUAGGAUCUUCAAAUGUACACAACCAAAAUUAUUAUCACAAUUACACACCAAAUUUGGAAAUUAAUAUAAUAUGAACAAAAUAAAAAUAAUUUAAAUUAAAAGUAUAAAAAUAUGUCAUAAUUUGGUUUUUCAUUAAAUUCUAAAAUAUAUUAGUUGUUCCAAAUAACUAAUAAACUUAUUUUUAAAAAAUUACAAAUAUAUAAUUUGAUUUAAGUCAGGAAAAUUAAUUAGAAAUUGCAGUUGUACCUAGUGAUUUCAUCAAUUUAUAACAGUUCAUUAAACGUUUUUUAUCUCCAAUUUUUUCAAGACUUUUAGCAGCUUCUACUAGCAUACCAGCUCUUUCACCAGGCGAAGAAAGCAUCGAUGGAGGAAUAUGUCUGCAUGCUAAAUAAAGAGCAGCUGCAUGUUCCUUUUCUUUACUCCAACAGGGCGAUGACUUUU